AUGACUCAUGAGCAGCUUUUCGCCGUGAACAUCUCUCUGACGCCCGAGGGAGAUGCACACAGAGAAGAAAUCCUGGCCUUGCUCUUUGAGUACGUGGAGCAGGUGCGCGCUGCUGGGCCACAGGAGGAGAUCUUCAAGGAGCUCGCCUCCUUGCAAGAGAUCAACUUCGCCCACAAAGAAGACUCCCCGCUGCCGGACGACUUCGCCGCCUCCGCAGCCAUGGCCCUUCACAGAUAUCCGCCAAAGGAGGUCCUCCGCGGUCCUUUUGCCUUGGACGAGUGGCGGGCCGACGUGGUUGAGGAGUACCUGUCCAAACUCACGGCCGACAAUUGCCUGGUCUUCAUCACCAGCGAUGGCUUCAAGGAGGAGAGCGCCGCAGGCGAUGCUGAUGAGAAGGGCUGGAAGACCGAGCAGUGGUACAAGGUUGUGGCGGUGGUGGCGGUUUUGGGGUUCCUGGGCUUGGGCUGGAACAUGGCCGACCACACGGCAUCACAAGGUGACCUGGCCGCAGUGAGGAAGAUGUAUUCUUAUUGGGCGGACGGCAAGCUGGCGGGCAGCUCCUGCGUCGCAGCCGCCAAGCAGAUCGCUCUGGAGGACGUGGUCUACGACGCCUCCUCGGACGCGAUGCCCCACGUGGGCGGCGCCAAGGUGUACCACGGCCCGGCGGGGAUCUGUGACUUCGGCGCCUUCUUGGCCACCUUUCGGCAGCCGGACUACCGGCUAGUCGAGCAGCUGCACAGCGGCACGGGCACGGUGGUGGUAAAGGAGUCGCUGACCCCCACGGUGCUGGCCACCAACAAGACGGUGAAGCAGGCCAUGCAGAACCUUGUGGAAUAUAAGGUGAGAGACGGGAAGAUUGCCUCCAUGAAAGUCUACUGGGGAGAGCCUCAUACCUUUGACAGCCUGUUCCAUUGA